AUGGACAGAGAUGGCUUCGACAACCUCAGCGCGUGGGCUUCGCAGCCGUCGGCGAGCGGCCCUACCACUGCUUCCUCUGUCGGCGCCGGCUUCGACCUCAACUCGCAAGCGCCGGCGGCGGAGGGGUUCCCGGGGCUUGGGAUGUACGGAGCCUUCCUCCAGGGCGACGACGACGAGCUCCUCACUGGCCGCGGGUUGGGGAGGUUACCAGAUGGAACCAUUGAUGCUGAGUCUUUGUUCUGGAAAACACAUACAGAGAGGCUGCAAUGGGGUCCUCCAGAAAACGAGGAGUUGCUUGAUCAACUAUUCAGAGGGUACACUGUGGAUGGAAGCACAACCCUUGUGCCUGGAGAUGAUUAUGGUCAGGACCAGGGGCAAGAGGAAGAGGAAGAGGACGAGGAGUUUCAACCAACACCUAGUAGUACAAGCAGCCAGAGGAGCAAGAGCCAAAAGGGCAAGAGGCCAUUAAGUAGCACUACAAGCACUUUGUCCAGUCCAAUGAAGAAGAGCAAGAGCCCAAUGGUGAAGAUUGUGAAAGACAUAGCCAGUACCUUCAAAGAAGCUGUCAUAGUCAACACUAAGCAAAUGCAGAAACGUGCAAGUGACAAGGCUGCAUUUUCAGUCAAGAGGUGUCAGGAGCUGGCAUUUGAGUGUGGCGUAGAGCAAACCAUUGAAUCUGUCUAUGCUAUGUCCAAGAUGUUCGAAACAGAGUAUCAAAGAGAGUUCUUCUGUGGCCAAUUAACUCCUGAGCUUAGGUUGGGUUACUUCAAGAAAUGGUGCAGGGACAACAAUUUGGAGUAGUUGAUGUCUUGCUU